AGGAUCUUGCAUGAGUGAGUUUUCUCAUUUAUUCAACUAGUUUUACGAUAAAACGCAAUGCUUUUGAAGAGCAUUUUAUCCUUAAUUUUUAAUAAAUAAGGCAAGUGUUUCUUUCUCGUUCUUGUAAGUGAAUCUUUGCUAUAGAAUUUCCAACAUGUCAUUUGUGUAUUGAAUAAAAUUUACAAAACGACUAAGAAAAUAACAGCAUACUUGUUUUGAUUGAGUCUGUUCAAUGGCUCUAUAAAAUACAGGGACUUGUAUGGUUAAAGUGUGUGUAAAGAAUAAUGUUCUAAACUUUAGCACAUAGAAAGGGGGUAGGACUUAAAUGGUGUCUUUCGGUCGUUUAAGUGAGAAAAGUGUGUCUAUCGGGUAAAUAUAGCGGAUUUUGUUGACAAAUCAUCACCCUAGGGCGGAUAUUUUGCCAAGGCAUUAAAAAUCAAUUCCCUUCUGUGCAGCUACAUAAGUAGAUGGCAAAGAGCAAGGAGAUCAAAAUAACUUAAGCUGGUAUUGGACAACUCAUUUUGGAAUCAACGGUAUGUUAAUGAGGAUUUGAAAGUGACCUCCUCUUCACUAAUAUGCCGCCAAUGAAUCAUACCAGAAUGUACCGGAAAGUAUUGUGGUUUUUUAACAUCAAGAGAGGCAAUCACAUAUUUAGAAAUACACCUGUGACGAAAACGUUGAUUGCCCAGAUUCUUUUAAUCUUUUUCAUAUCUGUUUCAUUAAGUGUCAUAUUUACAGAAAACCCGCCUGUGGUGGCUUUUACAAAUGAUUAUAUCGCUUUAUUAUGCGGUACUGAGAAAUUUGGCACUGCCUCUAAUGAAACAGUUAUAGGAAUAAGACCGGAACAAGACACCGAAGCUGAUGGUGUUGAAAGUCAGUUGCUAAAUGUUGCAAGAAAGAUCCAUCUGAAUAGUCGUACUGUCCUUUUUACUGUAAUAAAUGAAGCUUACCUACCGUUUGCUUAUAGCUGGUUAUGCAAUACCAAGCCGAUGAAUAUUCAUAAGUCCGUGUUAAUUGUAACAACAGAUAAACAAGCAAAAGCAAAAUUAAACAGUGAUUGGCCAGAGAUUAAUAUCAUAUCAAUGGAUAUAGACAAUCUGAGAGGAAAUCAAUCUUAUAGUCAGGUAGGAUAUAUCAAAAUAACUGUCAAACGAACUGAAAUGAUACAAUUUUUACUAAUGGCUAACAUAGAUGUAUUUGUAUUCGAGGUAGACUGUUUAUGGUUAGCCAACCCCCUCCCAGGAAUAUCGUUUAACCAACAGGAUGAUAUCAUUGUGAAUCCAGUGGCCGGCACAAAUAAUGAAAUAUUUGCGAGCGGCUUUAUUUGGCUUCGUAGCACGUGUAGGGCAAAAAUAAUAUGGCAGAAAGUGACAGAUUUGAUGGUUGCCUUGGGAGAGAAAGUUAAACACCUACCAGAAACGACAGUUUUAGAAACUUACGAAGACGAAAAUGAGCAAAAAUAUUUGGCUAAAUUAAUCCGAGAAGGGUAUGCAGAUGUUACUCUUAAAAUCUUACCACUAGAAAUGUAUGCAGAUGGACAAUGGUACAAGUUUACUGAAGUAGAACGCUUGAAAUUACAUCCCAUUGUGAUAAAUAACAACUGGAUAAUUGGUAAUGAUGCCAAGAUAGAAAGAGCAAAACUGUGGAAUCAUUGGUUUGUUCGGACAGAUCUCACAUGUGACAUGGACCUCGUUUAUAAAACGCUGUACUAGUAGAGUACUGCGUCCAGAUAUGAGACAGUUUUAGAGUUCUAAGGAAAUUCAGCCUUUUGAAAUGUAUUUAACACUUUCACGUUCACUCAUAGUUUUCUUCAGUAAGCACAGCCUCCUACGUUUCUUACACAAGCUAAAAACAAAAUACAAAGAUUGCUUAGAUAGAUCAUUUGAUUCCCAAUGCCCUUUUACUUUUAGCAUUCGAUAACUGCUGUCUUGUUUUGUGUUUUACAUUUUGCUUUUGAAUAAUGUGUAUGGAACCUUCAUUCCAAUUUUCCCUAAUGUGUUAUAACAUGUACCUAGUAGUAUCAAAACAUAUUUCUUGCAUAAUAUUUUCUUUUCUUAAAGUCGAGAAGUAUUAUAAAUAUGUGAAUUCAGUUGUUUAGUUUAUCUAUUUAUUUGUAGUUAUUGAUAUGAUGAUGCUGUUGCUUUUAUAAGCUAUUAGUUUUAACCAUUUCCUAUUUUAGUACUUAUUUGCCUAAAACUACAAAACAAAAACAUUCUGGUAGUUGAUUUUUAUUCCAAAUAUAGAACGUUAAAGAAACUUCCAAAUAAGUUAUUUGAAUAAUUAUAUAGUUAACAAAACAAAACUUCCUUCCUUGUUGUUCAUUUUUUCUUCAAAAGUAUGUGACUGUAUUCAAGUAAUAUAAUAUUAUGUUCUUGUUUAGCAUUUACCCCGCUAAAUUUCUAAAAUGAACUGGUCCAUCAUUCAAUUUGGGCAAUACCAUUUAUCAUUUAAAUGGGUGUUCACUGAAAAUUUACUGACUGAAUAGCGAACAAAGCAGACCGUGAUCAAACUGCACAGAUGUACAGGCGGAAAUUGGUCUGCACUGGUAGCAAAGGCGGAAUCCCUUGCCGCCAGCAGGCUAAAGGUUAGUAAGUAAAAAACAAUUCUCGAAAAAAAUAACUAAUCUUCAUAUUAACCUUGUUGUUGUUCCUGUGAUAGUUGUAUUGUCCUAGUCACAUAAAACAUGAAAAAUCAGAUAAUACUUAAUAUUAUUAAACGAAAACAAAAUAUAAAACAUGAAGUCCUUUGUAAAUUUUCUGAAAACCCCAACGACGUGCUACCUAUUUAUAAAGUCGGUAUUUAUAAUUUACAGAUUUGAAUAGCUAAUGGAAACGAACAUAAUAAACAAAAAUAAAGGAAAACAUGUCGUCUUCAGUAACAAUAUAAAACACUUAGAUAACUGAAAAUCAUUGCUUAGCGAAAUCGUAGUCUACAAUGCAUAAGAUGUCAUUUAAAUUUAUGAAAUAAAGCUAUUAUACAGAAUUACCUAGAUGUUAUUAUAACAAAAUUGCUAACCGCGCCAAUUAUGAGACUAUGAAAAUCAACGCAUUUACGACUACAUGUCCGUAGAAAUGUUCGACAUGCUCAAUAGUUAUAAUGCUAAUAAAAUUAUGGCUGGUAUAUUUGAUAUAUAGUAGCGCUUUUUGUGAUUUGUUCUGAUUGGUUAGUAUCUUAAGUAGGCAUUGUUAAAUUUAAAGGUCUGAUUUAAUUCUUUCACGGACAAUAAUCUACUAUGAUAACCAGCUUUGUAUUGUCAAUCAAAUUCCCUCCAAUGAAUUUUUAAUUAUAAUUUCGUUCAUAAAAAUGAUAAAAUAGAAAUAUCAUUUUCAUUCAUGAAAAUAUGUUGGAUUCAACUAGCGUUUAAUUACUGCUGCUUUUGUUGAAAUAGCAAAUAGUAGUUGAGUAUAAAUUCACUAUGUAGAUAUACAAUUGCUUCCCUUUGAAAAUGUUUUUUUUUUCUGUAUUACCUUUUAAUUAUGAGAAACUAUAUGCAAUACUGCUUUUUUCUAGAGGCAUAGGCAAGCUCAAUAUUUAGCGAAAUUUCAAAUUAAACACAUAUACAACAUUUUCCAAAUAUUCGUGACAGCUCUUAUUUUACAUGACAUAUAUUGAUUUUAGUGAAUGUUUUAUCCAACUACACUAAACAAAAUUGUGUCUAAACAUAAAAAUACCUAAUUUUCAACGAUCAUUUUAACGCAUUUCAGAGUAACUUGGACCAACAACAAUUUUAUGAAACAGAAUAUUUUACAAAAUGUAAAAAUAAUGCUUUGCACAUGCGCACUGACAUUUGGUCUGAAAAAAUAAAUUAGAUUUAUUUAUUUCAAGUCUACUUUCUUUUAGUAAAAUUAUAAACAUUUUUAAAUCGGAAAACACUUCGCAAACAGUAAUUAAUCAUAGCAAUUCUAAUAUUGCCAAAAAUAAUUAUGCCUGCCGGGACCAUGUUGUACAAAGCAAGAGCAAAGACUUGCCAGUAAUGAUUGUAACACUGUAUAAGAGCCAAUCCUUAUAUAAACACAAUGAACGAAAUAUUGUUGAACAUUAUUGAAUAUAUCUUACAGCGUAAUCUGUUAGUUUUAUUAUUAUAUUAUACAAAUGUUACAUCAGUUUACCGUAUUUCCUUAAUUCUGUUAUGUUAUGAAGUUGUUUUCAAGGAAUUUGAGCAAACAAACCGUGAGGUUUAUCUGCACUUCGUUAACAAAUGAGCCGCGCCAUCAGAAAACCAACAUAGUGGCUUUGCGAUCAGCAUGGAUCCAGACCAGCCUGCGCAUCCGCGCAGUCUGGUCAGGAUCCAUGCUGUUCGCUUUCAAAGCCUAUUGGAAUUAGAGAAACUGUUAGCGAACUGCAUGGAUCCUGGUCAGACUGCGCGGAUGCGCACAUGCUGGUCUGGAUCCAUGCUGGUCGCAAGGCCACUAUGUUGGUUUUCUCAUGGCACGGCUCAAAUAUAAUAAAUCUGAUCAUCAGGUCACAAAAUUUAAUUACAUUAACAAAUAUUUUAGCUUGAGUAUAAGAUUUGAUAUGUCAAAAAGUUUUCAAAUGAUUUUUUAUCAGCAAGGCCAACUUUUUUAAGAUUUGCUUCACGUUUCAUAAUAUAAAAGGUACGAUAUACUAAACUAUUACUCUGCUUGAACAGAAUAUUACAUUCUGCCAUAUUGAACAAACUGAACGUUAUAAAUGCCUACAAGUGGCAACAAGUGUUUUGAAUGAGGACUACUGUAUUAGCUUUGACGAUGGGUGUGAAACAACCAAUUGUGAACCAUUUAGAACUUUGUUAGGUUUCUUGAAUCUUUUUAUAAUCAUAGCGGUAAUGGAUUAAAAGUAAAAGUCACAUAUUAAAGUUGUGCUGCUCCUUACCGUUUCAGAUUUUCUACUGUCUUUUUGCCACGUGGUUAUGAACUUCUGAAGGUUUCCGACAUACUGGAUACUGUCUGCUCCUUGGUUACAACUAAAGAAAGUUUAAGGACAGAUGACUAUUUUAACUUACCUUCUGACGAAACUGCAUUUCUAAAUAUUCGUGCAGAAUCGGACAUAACAGAAGAGCUUAUAAGAGUACACAACAACAAACUGUUUUCAGAACGCUUCAUGUAGUAUGCUUUGUUGUUGUUGUUGUUGUUGUUGUUGUAUGAUAAUUUAGAUGUACAAGGGCGGACUAAAACUUCUAGUAACAAUAUGAAAUAUUCUGCACACUUGUAAUAUUCUAAACAUUUACUUUCUGUAAAAAUAUAAAUAUAUAAGAUGUAUAAAGGUCAUAUCUAUACCUAACACUAUAAACAAAAUGUGCAUUUUAGUUUUCUCUUGUGUUCAAUUAAGGAUUAAAUGUUAUUUUUAUGCGUUAAAACGGGUAUAAACUACGUUGGGUCUUCUGUGAAAAAACCAUGAACUGCGACAAUGAUUCUCGGAUUACUUGUCAGAUGUUCCAAACAGGUUUAAACCAAUCUAAUCUCACAGCUAUAACCUUCAAUCCUUAUAUUUAUAUGUUUACAUUAGGUUGCAACAAUAAAUCAGCGGGUUUUCCCAUGAGUUUUAGAAAUUCAGAAUAAAUAUUGAUCAGACUAUUGAAAUUUACAACUGCAAAACAAAAUAAAUGCCCUCGUAGAACUGCAAAUAAAAAGUACAGUACCAAAUUUAAAUUAAAAAUACAUUUUGGUCCAAUUUUGAUCAUCUUGUCGUAUUAAGUCAGUUUUGAUAUCUACCGUUAUGUCAUAAAAAUAGUUUAUGUUAUACUGUAAAUGUAUUUAACAAAGAAGGUGCAUGGGAGACAACCCGUGUAAGCAUAUGCUUUAAAUACAAUCCAAGUUGGGGCUCAUUUACAAUCAUAGAUAUUUUUUCAUAAAAAAAGCUUAGAUACAGUAGUCUAUAUAUGUUUUCUACGAGACAGUGUAAUGAAACAGACAUUAUUUCGAUACUGCAGAAAAGCAAGGUAAAAAGGUGAUCGGUUUAAUAGAAUAAAUAAAAAAUAGUAGGUAUAAAGUUCAAGUUAGUUUUAUGAAUGCAUUUAUUUAACAAACUCUGGUUAGUGUUUUCUUCUGUUACUCUGUCCAAUAAAGUCAUAUUAUUGUCAGGAUACGAGAUAUAUGACCCAGGGAAGUGCCUACGCCUUUAGUAUCUUGUACAAUGAAAUGGGUCCAUUCGCUAAGGUGACUAUGUCUUAGACUAGCUGACAAAUGAUGUAAAAUAUCCUUUGUUAAAACGUAUAGCUGGUGAGACCAAAUAUCUCAUAUAUAGAAUUUUCCUCUGGCUACCUUGCCUAAAUGAUUCGUGUACCAAUGACUCGUAAAUGAUUUCUGUUAGGAGCGGGGUUUUUAACAAAUUCAUACUUUUCUGUUCUUUUUUUUAUACAAAUGUAAAUACCAACAAAAACAUGAAUCAAGAAAGCACAAUAUGGUUUAUUCUUUUUACAGAUUUUAUUAUAUACUUAUUUCAUAUCAUAGUCAUAUUUGUAAUAUUAUAUCUUUACAAUGACGGGUACAAAUUAAAAAAAAAUAAUACUGUUUCAUAUUCACUUUUGUGAACUUUGUUUAUUGAAAAAUAUUCAUAGUAAAGAAUAUAUUUUUAAAUUUUGAAAAAAACUGUUUCAUAGAUUUUUUCCUGUUUUCCUUGUCUAUAGAUGAUAAAUAAACGAUUUUGCUUCGUAUUGCCGCGCUUGGAAGCUCAAUAUAAAUUUUACAAAGUCCAAAAUUAUUGUUUUCGGAACUAAUAAGCCACAAAAUUAUAAUUUUCUGUUAGGUGAACAACUAGUUGAUGUCGUAAAAACAUAUAAAUAUCUAGGAGUGCUGUUCGCAUCAUCGGAUAGUCUCUUACAAUGCCAAAAGAAUAUUGUUUCACAAGCCAGUAAGGCAAUGUUUGCACUUUUUUCAAGAAUAAAUAACCUAGAUCUUCCCGUGGAUCUUCAGUUAAAGCUGUUUGAUCACACCAUCUUACCAAUACUUACGGAUGCGAAGUGUGGGGCUAUAGUAAUCUAGACAUGAAAGAAAAUGUCCAUUGUACUUUUUUUACGUAAAAUAGGAAAAUGUAGGAGCAGUACCACUAGGUAUAUGCUGUAUGCAGAAUUUGGGCUAUACCCAAUUGAAAUUAUCAUUAAAGCUAGAAUGAUAAAGUUUUGGAAUAAAAUAAUAUUAUCCAAGCAUUCUAAAAUUGUUUAUAUUUGUUAUCAGAACAUGAUACAGUCUGUACACGCUUUUAAAUGGUCAUCUUGUAUUAAGAGCAUUCUAGACAAUACGGGCUUUUCCUGUUGCUGGCUUAAUCAGGCGACAUUAAAUUGUAAAGGUAUCGAUAUUUUGGUUAAAAGGGUUCUAACAGACCAAUUUAACCAGCAGUGGUCAACUUCUCUAAAUGGAUCCUCACAAGAUACAGGCUAUAGCCUAUUUAAAGAUAACCUUCUGAUGGAAAGCUGUUUGUUGUCGUUGCCUUGCUCGCUCCGACUAAGUCUCCUGCAUUUCAGAACAGGAAACCAUCGACUUCCGGUUGAAACCGGGUGCCGGCGACAAUCUUAUGUUGCACAUGAUGAGAGAAAGUGCCCACGGUGCCCACUUAACGAUAUUGGGGAUGAAAUGCAUUACCUCUUAAUUUGUCCUUUCUUUACAGCUCUAAGGAAUAAAUACAUCCUUCGUAGAUUUUCCCAUAGGCCAAAAAUCCUGAAAUACAAAGAACUGAUGACGUGCAAAAAUGAAACAAUUAUUUAUAAUUUAUCUUUAUUUGUUAAACAUGUAAUGCGAGAAUUUAAGUAAUUUCCUAUUUGUAUACAUACCUUUCUUAAAUUGUGUCGACUAUGUACCAAAUUAAUUUGAUAAGAUUUAACUAACCAGUGUAAGUCCAUGCAUUAGGAAUUCCUGUUCGUUUUAUUUCAGUUAAGGACGUUCGCUACAGUUUCGUAAUUGUUUUCUCAAUAAUAGAUUUUGAUGAAAUGUUUUGUAUUAAAAGAUCAUGUUAUGAUGUAUUGAAAAAUGAAAUAAAAAUACUAGGUCACCAGCUUUGUUUCAAUUUAAUUUGCCCCUAGAUAUGGUGCUAUUUUAAACUUUUUUCAAAAUUUCUGUAAUCCUAAAAUAUAUUUCAGUAAAGUACAAUAAUCAGCAUAAAUUUGAUUAUCUAAGCAUUUUUAUAACGGAAAACAAUAUAUCUAUUUGAAACAUGCUCAGAGAAAUCAAAAGAACAUGAUUUUGUAAAGAAAGGAAUACUUGUUCAGCAGACCCAAGGGCUAUGUUUGCAUAUUUUUGUCAGUUUUAAGCUGGUACUUCUGCUAUUUUAUCUAGUUUCACAUAAUAGAAUUUAAUCAAACUCUGCACAUACCUUUGGUUAUCUCUACCUAAUCUAAAACAAAAAGAAAAUUGAUAGGUCACUAUAUUAGAUUUCGCUUAAAUCAAAUUACAACGAGGUGGGGUGUGGCGGGCAUUUAUACAACGCAGGUUGGCACGAAAUAUUCUUUCAGUGUUUGAGCAAAUGACUUAGAAAUGUAUAUAUAAAAUUAUCAAACAGCAGAUUUCUUAAUAAUCGGAUUUUAAGGUGUUUCUGAAGCAUUUUGAUGGCAUACAACGGUGAAAGUUUCAUCCUUUUUUUU